AGUAACUGUUGGUCUCGCUGGAUUCUGCCGCUGAACCGGAACACGACAGGAGCGACAGUUCCCGGGCCGAGACGCCGCGUCCAGACGUUUACGCGCAGCCGCGCCGAACGCACCGCGGACUGCGCCUGACGCACCGCGGCCCCCCCGCACACACACCAGGUCGGACCCCGCCGAGGGAGCUUUGUCCUCUCCGAAAAGCCACCCCCCCCCCCCGGUGGGUGAUGGUGUGGCCCCUCCUCUCGGUCCCGGAGACAUGCCGGUGCAGGAGAUGGCGGUGAGUCCCGUCAAGUCGCUGUACUGGGAGCGGUUCCCGCCCAUGUCUCAGCGGCGCGUCUACAGCACACCGCUCUACCACGGGGGGCUGCUCUACGUGUUGGGGGGCUGCGACGAGACGGGCGCCCCGCUGGACAGCGUGGAGGUCCUGGACGUGGAGAGCCGGGCGUGGAGCCAGCUGCCGCCGCUGCCCACGGCGCGGGCCGGGGCCUCGGCCGUGGCCCUGGGGGCCCGGGUGAUGGUGCUGGGGGGCAUGAACCGGCAGCAGACCCCGCUGGCCUCGGUGGAGAUGUACCACCCCGACGAGGGCAAGUGGGAGACCAGGGCCAGCCUGGCCCAGCCCUCCAUGGGGGUCACCACGGUGGAGAAAGACGGGAAGGUGUACGCCCUGGGCGGCAUGGGGGCCGACACCACGCCUCAGGCCCUGGUGCGGGUCUAUGAGGCGGAGAAGGACCAGUGGCAGCCGGUGACCUCGCUGCCCACGCCGCGCUACGGGGCCACGUCCUUCCUCCGAGGAGACAAGAUCUUCAUGAUGGGCGGGCGCCAGGGGAAGAUGCCGGUGACGGCGCUGGAGGCCUUCGACCUGGAGACCCGCAGCUGGACGCGCUACGCCUGCAUCCCGAGCCGCAGGGCCUUCUCCUGCUGCGCUUCCAACGGGCGGAGCCUCUUCAGCCUGGGGGGCCUCCAGCAGCCGGGGCCCCACAACUUCUAUUCCAGGCCUCACUUCGUCAGCACCAUGGAGGAGUAUGACCUGGACCAAGAGAUCUCUCCUUCCUGUUAG